GGACACUAGUUUCACUUCCCGGAGCAAGGAGGAGCUGGAACUUAUCGUCGUGGAUAUAAAGACGAGUCACGGCACUUUGGUCUGAUUAAUCUGCAUCAUCGCUGACCAGGAUGAUUGACUUUCGGGCAUGGGCAGAGUACGUGGUGGAGUGGGCUGCGAAAGACCCCUAUGGUUUCCUCACCACUGUCAUACUGGCUCUCACACCUCUUUUCAUUGCCAGUGCACUUCUGUCCUGGAAACUAGCCAAGAUGAUUGAGGCACGUGACCGGGAACAGAAGAAAAAGCAGAAACGUCAGGAAAACAUAGCCAAGGCAAAGAGGACCAAGAAAGACUGAGCCUGAGAGGGGAAGAUGAGGGCAUAAAAAAGGAGGAGCAACCACCACGCUCACAGCCCUCCUCAUUCCAAAUAAUGACACAGUGCCCUUCCUUGUCCCAGCCCUACCGUCAGCACAGGGCCACCAUGCCUCAUGUCCGGGGUAGGAAGAGGGACACUGGCCCCACAGGCCUAACAGUGCUGAGAUGGACAGUACUGCCCGGAGGAGGCUUGUCCCAGAGGGACUUUGGUCAGCAAGAGCACAGUGGUCAUCUGUAUGAUGUUUUUAAACAGAGAUCCGCUGAUAAUAUUGUGCAGCUGUUGUAACACCUUGCAUUCCAUUGUUAGCAUCCCUGUUAUGCUGAAUUGACAUUGUAUUGAGCAUACUGGAACUUUUUCUCAGAGUCAUUUGCAAAAUAUCCAAAUUAUUACUUUCUAAUCAAUAAAGUUUUCAUGGUUGAUAAGAAAAUCUAAUUUCUUCUUUGUGGAUUUAACAGUAUCACAAGUGCUUUUUAAUUGAGUGCACAUAUAAAGUCCUUACUCCCUAAUGUUUUAUUAUAUUGUAACACUGAACCAAAGUGCAUGUAAUUGUACUA